GGAUAACUCGUGCCCAGCGCACUGCUCGCAUGGACGCAGACGGCUGCAUAUGCCGGCUUGUACCGCCACGCUGCAUGUAGUACUGCUUGCGCAUCUGUAAUGCUUCAGGAAAGUACGGUUCGUAUCGGUUAGAAAUAGUGCUUUUGAACCGUCGGAUGGUCUGUAUUUAACCAGAAGCAACUGGGGCACUGUUAAAAGAUAGAUGUCGCUUGGUGAGAUAUGACGUCAGCUGAGAAGAGGAGGGGCGGCAUGGAGAGCACGAGGAGGGUGGCGAUCAUCGGGGCGGGGGUGAGCGGGCUGGCCUGCAUCAAGGCCUGCCUGGAGGAGGGGCUCGAGCCGGUGUGCUUCGAGCAGCAUGACGAACUCGGAGGAGUGUGGUACUACACAGACGAGCCGCGGCCAAACCAGGGGGCGACUAUCUACAAGUCCCUGGUCAGUAACAGGACAAAAGAGAUGAUGGCCUUUAGCGACUUCCCUCAGCCGAAGGAGGCGCCGCCCUUCCUGCCGUACACACAGGUUCACAGCUACCUGCGGGAGUUCGCCGACAAAUUCCAGCUCAUGAAAUACAUCCAGUUCGGUGUGCAGGUUCAGCACAUUUGGAGGGCCGAGGACUACACCACCUCGGGUAAGUGGAUGGUGCGCACGGCACCGGUCGCCGCCGACAACAACAAGAACACCUGUCCCCAGACCAGCCUGUUCGACCGCGUCAUGGUGUGCAGCGGCCACUUCUCCAAGCCCUUCGUCCCGAAAGUGCCCGGGCUUGAAGAGUUUACUGGAGUUGUCGUGCACAGCCGUGACUACAACGGCGCAGAGUCCUUCAAGGGACGCAAAGUCAUGGUAGUCGGCGGUGCCAAUUCAGCCGGCGAUGUGGCUGCAGAAGUUGCCCAGGUCGCGUCUGUAGUUUACCUGAGUGUGCGGGACGGUAUUUGGCUGGUUCCUCGGCUGGCACAGGGAGGGAAGCCGAGGGACUUCUUCAUCCAGCGGGCCCGGCUCAACCUGCCUGAGUGGCUGAAGAGAAUCCUCCUCAGGCGCCAGUGUAACGCCUGUGUGGACCACGCCAACUACGGACUGCAGCUGGAGGGGUGUAAAGACCCCAUAUAUGGCUCAACAAUGAUCAAUGAUGAGAUGGCGUUCAGACUGGCCACGGGAAAGGUUGUGACGAGGCCGGUGGUUGAGAGGUUUACCCGUACGGGGGUUGUGUUCAGUGACGGAAGCAAAAUUGACCACCUGGAUGCCGUGGUCUUCGCUACAGGGUACAACGUCGCCAUUCCCUUCAUAGAGUCGGACAUCCUCCCACGUGAUGUGGGAGACCUGGAGCUGUACAAGAUGAUGUUCCCGGCCCGCCUGCCCCACUCCACCCUGGCUGUGAUAGGCUGUGUGGGGACGAUAGGACCCAUCUUCCCCGUCCUGGAGAUACAGUCCAGAUGGGCUGCCCGCGUCUUUUCCGGACAUUGUAAACUCCCUGACCCUCCGUCUAUGCAAGAAUGGCUUCGCAGCAACAGGGAAAAGUGUAGAAGCAAGAUCGGGCGUGUAUCGUUAAUGGUGUGUACCCUCCCGUACUGUGAGGACAUCGCUCAGGAGAUCGGCGUCAGGCCGAGUUUCUGGCAGCUCCUUCCCCGCGACCCUUACCUCGCGUACCUGGUGUACUUCGGCCCGGCCUUUCCCACGCACUACCGCCUGGUGGGCCCGCAUCGCUGGGCAGGCGCCGCCAGGCACGUCAAGCUAGCCGUGGACAACACCUACUCCGCUACCAGGAAGUCUGAACACAAACCCGAGCACGGCUUCAGCAGCAAGGUCACCAUCGUCAAGGUCAUGUUCACGUCUCUCUGUGUCAUCGCACUUGGUAUUGUUAUAGGGAUAAGCUAUUGAUAAGAAUCGAAAUGUUGG